AUGUUGCCCUCCUCACCAUCCCUCCUCCUCCUCCUCCUCACAGCUCUCCUCCUCCUCCUCCCCCUAACCACCGCCCAAACCACCACCCCUCCGACCCCUACAGCCCCCCCAACCCCAACCGUCACCAAAAUCAUCUCCCUCUUCUACCUCAACGACCGCGCCCACGACGACUUCCCCCAGCCCUACACCCCCACCCCGCACGCCAUCCCCGGCCGUGUAAUCGCCACCGACUCGCUCCUCAACUUAACAACCUACAUCGUAACCAAAACCCAAUCCUUCCCCGGCCGGCACCGCCCCCCCUUUGGAAACAGCCCACCCCCCUGGGCCAAAACCCUCACCUCACCCCCUUCAUCCCUCCCAACACCAUGGUGGCGCCCAAAUUUUGGUGACAGGAACGGCACAGGCCAACCGAUUACCAUCACCCAGGGCCCCUCAACAUUCAUGUUUACUGGUUCGAGGGGAUGGGAAAAGGGGCAGAGUGUGGUUAAUCGGUGUAGUUUGGGUGGGACGACAGAGGCGGUUUGUAAUUUGACGCAUGUGGGGAGCGCGUGGUAUACGGGGGAUAGGGGGUGGGAAGGGGAAUAUUCGACUUAUAGUUAUACGUGGACGGAGGGGGAUAGGUUUGGGUUUGUGGGGGUUACUGUUACUGCUGGGGGGGAGAUGUUGAGUGAAGAGAAUGGGGUUGAUGAUGGCGUGAGGUCCGCUAAUGGGGGAGUUGGCAGGAGGGGGGUGAAUGAGGGGGUGAUGAUGGGGUGGGUGGUUUGGGUGGUGAUGGGGUUGUUAGGGGGGUUAUGA